GCCCCCGGCCCCGGCCCCCCCGGGCCGCCCCGCGCGCGCAGGGGGCCGGCCCCCGACGGCCGCGGCCAGGUGCCCGCCCGCCCCUUAUGGGCAUCCUGGAGCCGGGCUGCAGAGCCAUGCUGACGGGCACGGAGCUGAUGCCGGCGGGCGACCAGGGCCGGGCGCCGGGCGCCGACCCGCAGAACCGCUACUUCUACCCGGAGCCGGGCGCGCAGGACGCGGCGGAGCGCCGCGGGGGCGCCGGCCUCGGGGCGCCCUUCGCCGCCGGGGCCCCCCUGGUGUCCGCGCCGCCCGGCCGCUUCCUCGGAGCCUACGCCUACCCGCCCCGGCCCCAGGCCGUCGGCUUCCCGGGGCCCGGCGAGCCCUUCCCGCCGACGCCGCCGGGCGCCGAGGGCUUCCCGCCCGCGGACGGCUUCGCGGCGCCGGACCCGCGCGCCGGGCUCUUCCCCGCGCCCCGCGAGGACUACGCGCCGCCCGCCGGGCUCGAGGUGUCGGGGAAGCUGCGAGUGGCGCUCAACAACCACCUGUUGUGGUCCAAGUUCAACCAGCACCAGACGGAGAUGAUCAUCACCAAGCAGGGCCGGCGGAUGUUCCCGUUCCUGUCCUUCACGGUGGCUGGGCUGGAGCCCACCAGCCAUUACCGGAUGUUCGUGGACGUGGUCUUGGUGGACCAGCACCACUGGCGCUACCAGAGCGGCAAGUGGGUGCAGUGCGGCAAGGCCGAGGGCAGCAUGCCAGGAAACCGCCUGUACGUCCACCCGGAUUCCCCCAACACCGGGGCCCACUGGAUGCGCCAGGAAGUCUCAUUCGGGAAACUGAAGCUCACCAACAACAAGGGGGCCUCCAACAACGCCACUCAGAUGAUCGUGCUGCAGUCCCUCCACAAGUACCAGCCGCGGCUGCACAUCGUGGAGGUGAGCGAGGGGGAGCCGGAGGCGGCCGGCAGCGCCUCCAGCUCGCACGUCUUCGCUUUCCCAGAAACCCAGUUCAUCGCCGUGACGGCCUACCAGAACGCAGAGAUCACUCAGCUGAAAAUCGAUAACAAUCCUUUCGCCAAAGGGUUCCGCGAGAACUUUGAGUCCAUGUACGCAUCUGUUGACACCAGCGUCCCCUCCCCGCCUGGACCCACCUGUCAGUUGCUCGGGGGCGACCCCUACUCCCCGCUCCUCCCCAGCCAGUACGCCGUCCCCAGCCGCUUCUACCCGGACCUGCCCGGCCAGCCCAAGGACAUGGUGGCCCAGCCCUACUGGCUGGGGGCGCCGCGGGACCACGGCUACGAGGCCGAGCUCCGGGCCGUCGGCGUGAAGCCCGCGUUCCUGCCCGCGGCGCCCGGGCCCGCCCUGCCCUACUACCGCGGCCAGGAGGUGCUGGCGCCCGCGGCCGGCUGGCCCGGAGCGCCCCAGUACCCGCCCAAGGCCGGCCCGGCCGGCUGGUUCCGCCCCGUGCGGACUCUGCCCGGGGAGCCGGCCCCCGAGGACCCGGGCCCGCCCUCGCUGUGGACGGACAUGGCCCCCCUCCGGCCGGAGUCCGGGGACUCGGGCCUGGGCGAGGGAGACUCGAAGCGGAGACGCGUGUCCCCCUAUCCCUCCAGCGGCGACAGCUCCUCCCCGGCCGGGGCCCCCUCUCCUUUCGACAAGGAGGCCGAGGGCCCGUUUUAUAACUAUUUCCCCAACUGAGCCGAGGGCUCGGCGGGUGGACACCGAGGAACUCGAACACCGGACUCAGGACCGAGCCGUCCCCAGCUCCUUCUGCUCCUGCCCCUUCUGUGGUGGGUGGGGAAGGGGGGGGGGAUUCUGGGGUUCGCCCGCUGCUCCUCGGCCCAAGGAGUGUCCCCCCGCCCUCCUGUGCCCUAACUACAGUCCUCAUUCACCUGGUGCUGCUUCUGGCCGGGCUCACAGCCCCAGAACAGAAAACAGAACAAGAAGGUCGUGGCCACCAAGGAGCGACCUCUCUCUGGGGGGAGGGGGGAGGCGGGCAGGGGGCUCAGGUGGGGACGUGAAGGUCCUGUUCUCUUCUCUGUAGAAGAACUUUAGCAUUUUUGUGUGUGUGCGUGCGCGUUCCUCUCCGAUGGGAAGUAAAGGCACGUGGAUCGGAUAGCGGCCGGCGGCCAGGGCCCGGGAGAGGGUGUGGGGACUGGGCAGUGCCCCCCCACUCAGAGCCACGGGUCCCCGGGGGGGCCUGGUGCCGGUCUAGGGAAGCAAGGUUGGUCUUGGGUGUGCGCGCCUGCGCUUUUUUCUUUUCUAUUUUUUUUUUUUUUUUGUGUGUGUGUGUGUGUUUUGUUUGUUUGGGGAACGAGGCGGCUAUUUAUUGUACGGAGAGUGGUGUCUGGAUACACGCCUGUUGUCUUCAUCACUUUCUGGAAAUAAACAUGGAACAGU